AUGUCUUUCCACGCCUCUGCUGAAGAUAUCCGCGUCGACGACGGCCACAUCCUCCGCGCCCGCCUCUUCAACGGCGAGGGCGAGGCCGUCGACGCCGAGCUCAACCUGAACGACGUCCUCGGCAACAACAACGGCUCCUUUGAGUGGGGUGGUGGUGGCUUCGCCGACUCGGCCGAGAACAUCCACUUCGAGCUCGAGGGCGGUGACAACGUCCCCAUCCUCCGCGCCCGCCUUUUCAACGUUGAGGGCGAGGCCAUCGACGCCGACGUCAACCUGUCGGAGCGCAUCGGCAACAACGACGGCAACUUCCACUUCAACUACUGA